UAUACACUAACUCAUCAACAAGAUGGCUUCAUCACUGUCCACUUUGGUUUUGUUGAGUUCAUUUGUAUUAUUAUCAUAUUUCCAAGCCUCUGAGGCACAAGCCCCUCCCCCUAUAGUGAAGGGACUGUCUUGGACUUUCUACCAAUCAAGCUGUCCCCAGCUUGAGUCUUUAGUCAGAAACCAUCUUAGGAAGGUCUUUAAGAGGGACAUCGGCCAGGCUGCCGGCAUCGUCCGCAUCUUCUUCCACGACUGCUUCGUUCAGGGAUGCGAUGGAUCGGUGUUGCUGGACGCAGUAUCGCCUAAUGAUCAGAGCGAGAAGGACACCCCUCCAAACGUGACCUUAAGGCCAGAGGCGUUGCAGACUAUUGAAGAUCUUCGAGCUCUGAUUCAUAAGAAGUGUGGAAGAGUCGUCUCUUGCUCUGAUCUCACUGUCCUUGCAGCUCGUGAAGCUGUCUUCUUGUCCGGAGGGCCCAAUUUUCCGGUACCACUAGGAAGGCGGGACAGUCUUAACUUCAGCGUCGCCGGAACCAACAACCUGCCGGGCCCAUUCAGCUCCACCGGCGGCCUUCUCAGCGCUUUCGGUGACCAAAACUUCGAUGCCACGGACGUCGUCGCUCUCUCCGGCGCCCACACCUUCGGCCGUUCCCACUGUGGCGCUUUCUUCGGCCGCAUCUCCCCCACCGUCGAUCGCACCAUGGACUCUUCCUUCGCCGCCUCCCUGAAGGCCAUUUGCCCCGCCGCCUCCUCCCCCAACACGGCCAACCUCGACGUCCGAACCCCCAACAUCUUUGACAACCAGUACUACGUCGACCUCAUGAACCGGCAAGGCCUCUUUGUCUCCGACCAGGAUCUGUUCACUGAUGCCAGAACCAAGAGCAUCGUCGUCAGCUUCGCUAAGAAUCAAAAGUUGUUCUUUGACAAGUUUUCUCAGGCCAUGAUCAAGAUGAGUCAGCUGAGUGUGUUGACGGGGAAGCAAGGGGAGAUUCGAAACAAGUGCUCCGCCACCAACGGCAGAAAGACGACGUCCUCUGUGUUGUCGGCGGUGGUGGAAGACGUUGAGGAGUUGACUCAGUUUUAAAAAAGAUUAAGGUUUUCCUUUUGAUUUUCACCAUGUUUGAUGUCUUCUUGUUGGCGAAGAAACCUUAAAAAACUAGUGGGUGCUCCUAGCUUUGAUGAUCUUGUGGUUUUCUCUUGGUCUUUGAACGUGUAAUAAUGGCCUAGUGCAUGUACUGAUCUAUUGUUUGCUUUUGCAGAAAUUUGGACUUAGCUUACUGUUU